AUGGCCUCGCUGCUGCGACAGAUCAUUGCUAGUCCGCGGGCGCGACACCCAGAGGCAGGGCUGGACCUGUGUUAUGUGACCGACUUCAUCAUUGCAACGUCCGGCCCCUCGCAGACGUACCCCCAGCUCGCCUAUCGAAACCCGCUCGACCAGCUCGUCGCCUUCCUCGAUGCGAAACACGGCAAGGACUGGGCCAUAUGGGAGUUCCGCGCCGAGGGGACGGGGUAUCCGGAUGAAGCCGUGUAUAAUCGGAUAUGGCACUAUCCGUGGCCCGAUCACCAUCCCCCGCCGUUUCGAUUGAUUCCCAUGAUCAUGGCGAGCAUGAGGAAUUGGCUUCAUGGCGGCGAUCCACCGAAUACCAAGACGGAGGAACCAUCAUCCUCUUCUGCACCAACAAACGCAAGCACCUCGGAGGCCGCCACAGCACCAGUCAAGUCGGAGCGAAAUCCCAACAGGGUCGUCGUGGUCCAUUGCAAAGCUGGCAAGGGACGGAGCGGCACCGCCAGCUGCAGCUACCUCAUUGCAGAGGAGGGCUGGAAGGCAGAAGACGCCUUGGCGCGCUUCACUCAGCGUCGCAUGAGGCCGCAGUUUGGCGCCGGCGUGUCGAUCCCCUCGCAGCUGCGGUGGGUUGGCUACGUCGACCGUUGGACAAAGGGCGGGAAGAAGUACAUUGAUCGCCCUGUUGAGAUUCUCGAGAUCCACGUUUGGGGGCUGCGCAACGGUGUCAAGAUGGACGUCGAGGCCUUUGCGGACGAGGGCAAGAAGAUUGAGUCAAUCCACACCUUCACAAAGGAGGAGAGGAUUGUGGUUGAGGGAGACGCGCCCGAAGGCGGCGGUCUAUCUGAGAUUAUAUGGGAUCUUGCAGGAUAUUCGACUCAGAGGGAAAAGGCUCCCGACGCAGCAGAAUUCGCCGAUGCUGCCAACAACGAGCCCAAGAAGAAGGAUCCCUUGGACCCUUCUCCUUCACCACGGCCCUCGGAUUCGUCCAUGGAGUCGCUGCUGCGACGGAAGAGUGCCAAGCUGAUAGGAAAGGUAUCGCCGCCUGGAUCACAUUCCAAGAUUGACAAAUUGCGCGCUAUGCUGUCUACCGAGCCGUCAACCCGGACAGCAACCACCGGCCCGCCUGAAGUCCGCACGGAGGCUCCCGAUGAAACGGAGCCAGGCGGCAUGGCCGUCAUCUUCAAGCCCAAACAGCCGAUUCGUGUCCCCAACAGCGACGUCAACAUCUCCGUCGAGCGGCGAAACAGAACCCACAAGUCCAUGGGGCUAACCAUGGUCACGGCCGUUGCUUACGUGUGGUUCAACGCCUUCUUCGAGGGCAACGGUCCCGAGCAGCAGGGCGUCGCAGACAGCCACGGCACCUUUGAGAUUGAAUGGGAUGCCAUGGACGGCGUCAAGGGAUCCAGCAGGAAGGGCAUGAGGGCGUUUGACCGCAUGACGGUCGUGUGGCGGUUCCCCGACAGCGGCGCGCCCAGGGCGGAAGAGCAGAUUGUCGAGCCCGGGGAGGGCGAGCCGGUGCCGCAGAGCAAGGCGGCAGAUUGGAAGGGCACUGGCAGCCCGAAAGCCGCGGCCGCGGAAAAGGAUCUGGGGCUGCGGCAGCAGAGCCCGCUCAGUGUAGACAUUAGCAGGGCGAGCAGCAUCAAGAGCGCCGAAGGAGGCGCGAGCCAGGGCCAGGGCCAGAACGACCAAGGGGUGAACGCAGACGAGGUGACGAAAGGGUUGAAGCGCAGCGGGCCGUCGGGAGAGGACUUUGACCAGCAAGAAGACAAGACUACAUGA